AUGUCGGCUGACCCAUCAUCAACCAUCGAGCCCGCCCAGGGCGAGCAGCGGCUCCGCAUACCCGGCUUUGGGCUGCCUGUCAAUUAUCAACCUGAUGUUGGAAACUCUUCAACUCCGGUACCUGCAGGAAGUGUACCAUUUCCUCAUGCUUUGAGAUACUGGAAAGCCAGAGCAGUCACGGUCAGGGAGAAGAACAUGCUGGCCAUGAUAAAUGACGUUACAGACAAGGACGAAUGGCGCCGGAAGGUGUUUGACAAGAGUGUCGUCGAGAAAUGGAAAUCCGAAAUUGUAAACGACCAUGGAGACAACCGAACUGUGAAUGAGUGGAAAGAAUUUGGACAGGGGUUCACUGCGGAUAUGUUUGACUUCUGCAUAGAAGAAGUCCGCCAUAAGGCCGGGUUGCACGAAGAGACGGGGAUGACUUUGAUCUUGAACACAGACACAGGUGUAGUCAAGUCCGACGCCGUUGUUUCAUCGGAACUGAAGCAACAGUUCAGACCUGCAAUGAAGCCGCUUGAGGACGUCCCCGACAAUCAAAAAGAUUGGCACCCUGGCUCAAACAAUACAGUUCUCAACCUCGUCGACCCUUGUCUCUUCCCAUUAGUGUACGGCCGCACUCGCGUUCUCCCUCACGGCACAAUCGGCCUCAACGACUUUCUCCAAAGCUUCACUUUCGGCGAACAGACUCACGUCCCACCGUGGCAAGAAGCCCAAUCCGAAACCUUCGUCCAGCACGACGCCAAAACGUUCUCCACGAAGUUCCAGUGGCUGCCCUGCGACGUCCACUUCGAAGAAGAAGACAACUCGGUGAAGAUCACGAGCUACAUCAACAACCUCCACCCAGCCGAGCACGAGGACCUCUACCGCGCACUAGAACGCCUCAUCGCCGCCGCCAUCCCGCUCUGGUCGCUCGUCCUCGGCUACACCAAAUCGCACGAAGACGCGCGCUGGACCGCCCGCGAAGACCUACGCGUCCCAUCCGCCAACGGUCCGAAAUGGUCUCGCUUCAACCGGACCCUGACCACCGAGCGAGCCGGGGUAGAGGAGCUGCUAGUCGGGCAGGAGCGCGCCAUGGUGAGCCGCUUCUUAUACAUGCCCUCGCCGCGCGCCUACUCCGCGUCCGCCAUGCCCGAGCCCUUGACCGACCUGCGCGCGCUCUACGCCGCGACAGGCCUUCAAGUCAUCAUCAGGAUCACUGCAAUCCACCUCACGCCGUCGAGCCCGCGCUACGAAGGCGGCCCGUGGGACAUCGAGGGCCACCACCUGAACGAGCACAUCGCCGCCACGGCGCUGUACUGCUACGACAGCGCGAACGUCGUCGACUCCUCCACUACACCCACUGACAGCAGCAGCAGCGGCGCCGGCGCCGGCCGCCUCUCCUUCCGGCAAAAGAUCGAGCGCGAGCACAUCCGCUCCCUGCCUUACCAGCGCACCUCCCCCUCGGACCGCGGCGGCAUCGAAUUCGUCUACGGCAUCGACGCCGCUCACGGCGGCGGGGCCGCUGCCGUGCAGGAAAUUGGCGACGUCUCGAUGCGCGAGGGCCGCAUGCUCGCGUUCCCGAACGUGCUGCAGCGCCGCGUGCGGCCGUUCGAACUGGCCGACAAGACGAAGCCCGGCCACCGCAAGGUCGUCGCUCUGCUGCUCGUCGAUCCGGCGCGGCGCGUGCUGUCGACGGCGAAUGUGGCGCCGCAGCAGAAGGGGUGGUGGGAGGGGGAGGUGCGGGGGAGUGGCGUGUUGGGAAGGUUGCCGGAGGAGUUGGUGCAGCAAGUACUAAACGAGGUGGACGACUGGCCGAUGAUGGGGGUGGAGGAGGCGAGGGGGCUGAGGUUGGAGGUGAUGGAGGAGAGGGAGGCGUUCCGGGAGGUGAUGGAGAGGGCGAUUGAGAGCCAUCGCUUUGAUCUGCGUGAGCGUUAA